AGGGUGGGGAGGUUGGUGGGACGGGUGUGCCCUCGUGUGGGGAGGCGAGACGUGAAGAGGUGGGGAAUGGGGAGGUGGGGAAUGGGGAGGUGGGGAAUGGGGAGGUGGGGAAUGGGGAGGCGGGGUAUGAGGAGGACAUGGAGGUGGAUAUGGAAACAGAAGACAUCGCAGGGGUGGGUGUAGCGGGUGGGCUGGGAGCAGGUGGGCUGGGAGCAGGUGGGGCAACAGCAAAUGGCGUGGCAGCAAGUGUGGGAGCAGGUGGGCAGGCAUGGGGUAAAGAAGUGGAAGGAGGAGCGGCAGGUGUGGGCGGCAAGGAGGUUGGGGAAAAGGGUAGGGCAGCAGGAACAGCAGAGGGGGCAGAACCGCUUGGUGACGGGCAUCGUGCAGCAGGCCAUGGCGCCAUUCCUCUCCAAGCUGUCGGGGCGGGAGGUGGAGCGCAUGCGGGGCCGGCUGGUGCGGGAAGUGGUGGGGAAGGAAGCGGUGAAGAGCCGGCAGCGCACCCACCAGGGAGCGAUGCGGCCCAUAGAGGAGCGCCCAUUGAGAGAGAAGGUGUCUGCAUUCAUCGUCGCACCCGUUUACCUGCCCGGCAGCCGUCCGCUUAUCAGCUUCUUUAUCCGUCCACCUUAUCUGUUCGCACGCGCGCUGCGGUCCGCGUGCCCGCGGGAAGAGCGGCGGGCGGCAUGUCGGCGAUGUCGGACAACGUGGGGCAGUACGGCCGCAUCGGCACCGUGCCGGUGGCCCAGGGAGCCGAAGUCCCUCUAACGCACCCAGAGUUUCCCUACACGCCCGAGCCCGCAGCGAGCAGGGGAUCAGACACCUUCUCGUCUACCGCAGGUGGGGGCGGUGCGUCCCUGCCGCCGCCCCCAGUGGGCAUCUGGGGCGUGUUCAGUGUGGCGUUCUACCGCCCCUUCUUUGACGUGGACACCGCUGACGUGGCGGAGCGAGUGCGGGACGCGCUCAUGCCCUUCCCGCGCUCCUCCUUCCUCGAAAAGACGGCUCUCAACCCCGACAUCUAUGGGCCGUUCUGGAUCUGCACGACGCUCGUGUUCCUGUCCGCUUCGCUGGGCAACCUGGCCAGCUACCUGAGCUACGCUGCCUCGCCGUCAUCAGCCGCGGAGGAGCACUGGCACUACAACAUCGACGCCGUCAGCUGGGCUGCUGCCAUCUUCUACGGCUAUGUGGCCGUCGUGCCGCUGCUGCUCUUCUUCCUCCUGCGCUACCUGCAGGUUUCCGCGGGGUUGGUUCAGCUGUGGUGUCUGUAUGGCUACUCUCUGGCCGUCUACAUCCCCAUCUCGUUCAUAACGGUGCUGCCGCUGGACCUGCUGCGCUGGCUCAUAGUGCUGGGCGCCACGGCCAUCUCGUGCUUCUUCCUCGGUGUCAACCUGCGCGCGCAAAUCACAGUGGGCCACGAGAUGUGGUUCCCCAUCGUCGUCGGCGCUGUGCUGCUGCAGGCCGGCCUGGGGGUUCUCCUCAAGCUCUACUUCUUCACCUACAUUCAGCUCUAG